GACAAAUAGGGAUACUAAAAACUAUCAAAAUAAAACGAUAAAAAAUGUUUGUUUCUGACGUUGGUGAUGUAAAAAUUUUCAAUUUAAGUGCAGGAAAGUCACUGCCGGAUUGGCUUACAGAUCGAAAGAAGAGAUCUGCUCUCAACAAAAAUGUUGAUUUACGGAGAAGAAUAGUUCUUAUUCAGGAUUUUGAAAUGCCGGGAGUUUCAACAUCGAUUCGUAUGUCACCGGACAAUCAAUUUAUUCUUGCAACCGGAACAUACAAACCAAGAGUUAAAUGCUAUGAUGUUAAUCAUUUAUCAGUUAAAUUUGAGAGAUGUUUUGAUUCAGAAGUCGAAACAUUUGAGAUUUUAAGUGAAGAUUACAGCAAAAUGGUUUUCCUUCAUACUGACCGAUAUUUGGAGUUUCAUGUUGGUCAUGGCAGACAUUACAAAUUAAGAGUACCGAAAAUUGGCCGUUCACUAAGUUAUCAUACACCUUCAUGUGAUUUACUAAUUGUUGGAUCAUCACCGGAUAUCUACAGGCUUAAUCUUGAGCGUGGUCAAUUUCUGCAACCAUUCGAGACACAAUGUAGCGGAUUUAACACUAGCGACAUAAAUCCUGAACAUCAAUUGCUAUGUGUUGGAUCAGCCGAAGGAACCGUUGAAGCUUGGGAUCCAAGAGACAAGAAAAAAUGUUCUUCACUUGAUGUUGCUAUGAAAAUUAAAAACAAUCGUGAAUUUCCUUCAAUUACUUCAAUAAAAUUCAAAAAUGGUCUUCAAAUGGGCGUUGGAACGGCAACUGGUCAUGUUCUAAUUUAUGACAUUCGAUCAAACGAACCGUUAAUUAUUAAAGAUCAUCUCAAUAGACUUCCUGUAAAGAAGAUUGCAUUUAAUCAAAGCCAUAAUGUUGUUUGUUCAAUGGAUAGUGCAAUGUUGAAGAUUUGGGAUGAGACUUCAGGUAAACAAACAGCGUAUAUCGAAUCACAAUCAAAUUUCAAUGACUUUUGUACGAUUCCAAACACGGGAAUGUUUUUCUUUGCUCAAGAAGACGUUAAAAUGCAAACAUUUUACAUUCCAUCGCUUGGACCAGCACCUAAAUGGUGCUCAUUUCUUGAUAAUCUUACGGAAGAAAUUGAAUCGGAAGUUGCACAAAAUAUUUACGAUGAUUAUAAAUUUGUGACGAAACAAGAGCUUGUAGAUUUGGGACUUGAUCAUCUUGAAGGAACAAAUCUACUCAAAGCUUAUAUGCAUGGUUACUUCGUUGAUAUGAGAUUGUAUCAGAAAGCAGUGUCAACAGUCAAUCCAUUUACAUUCGAGAAAUACAGGAAGGAAAAAGUAGCAAAGAAGAUUGAAGAAACUCGACCGCAACGUUUGCAAGUUAAAUCUGAUGUUCCGAAAGUUAAUAAAGAAGUUGCUUUGAAAUUUAUGGAUAUUGAAGAAACAGGAAAGAAAACAAAGAAUCCAAAUCUCUUGCGAGAUGACCGUUUCAAAGCGAUGUUUGAAAAUCCAGAUUUCGAAGUUGAUAAGGAAACUGAAGAGUACCGUCUUUUGAAGCCGCUUUUAGUUCAACUUGACAAGAGUAAACUGAAGAAAUUGGAGAAGAAAUACAAAGAGCAAGAUAAAAAUAUUGAUGAAAAUGAGCAAAGCACUGACGAUGACCUGUUUUCGGAGAAAGAUGAAAGUUCUGAUGAUGAUAUUCAAUGGACAAAAGAAGUGAAGAAAGAAUAUAAAAAGAUUCGAAAGGAAAAGAAGCGACAAGAAAAUGAAUCAUCGCCAGAACCUGAAAAUGAUCACCAGAAAUCUGUUGAAAUGCACGAUAUUGAUGAUUUUAAUUUGAAGGAAGUUUCAAGAAAAUCUUGUAACUUAAAUACCAUGGAAAUUGUCAAAAAAAAUUUCAUUGAUUUUUUACCGGAAGUCAUCAAAGAUAUUGAAGAAUGUGCUUUCAUAUCAUUCGAUGGAGAAUUCACUGGAUUAGCGAGUGAAAGAAACAUAAUGCCUUUCGAUACAAGCCAAGAGUAUUAUGAAAAGCAAAUGAAAACAUCUUCUGGUUUCAUUCUCAUCCAACUUGGUUUAACUUUUUUCAAAAUAAAACCAGAAUCGGAGAAAGUUUCCUUAAAAUCUUACAACAUUUUUGUUUAUCCGCAAUCUAAGAAUGCUACAUUUCAAUGUCAGGGACAAAGCUUAUCAUUCUUGGCAGAAAAUGGAUUUGACUUCAACAAGCUUUUUAAAAAUGGAAUUUCAUUUUGUAAUGCAAUGGAAGAAGAAAAAUUGCGACAAGAAAUGCAAGAAAAACAAGAUUUGAGACUUGAACAGUUGAAGGAAAAUUCCAAUGAUGAAGAGCAAGAUACAACAGCACGAAAUUAUAUCCCAAUUCCAGAAAACGAAAAAGAAAUCAUAGCAAAUGCUCAAUUAAAAAUUCAGUCGAUCAUCGAUGGAAAAGAGAAAAACGCAACAUUUGAUAAGUUGAAUAAUUUUCAACGCAAACUAAUUUACGAACUUAUAGAACGAGAAUUUCACAACAAAGUCUCAACGUCUACAAAAAAUCUGGAAAAUAACAGAAAAGUUCUUAUUGUGGAAGUAAAGCGAACAGCAGAAGAGGAACUUGGUCUUGAGAGACAUCGUCAAAAGGAAGAAGAAUUAAAGCUAGCAGAAAGUGUUGGUCUUCGUUUGCUUCUCAAAGCAAUUUCUGCAUCAAAGAAACUUAUCGUUGGACAUAAUUGUCUUCUCGAUUUAAUGUAUCUUAUGACACAAUGCUUUGAGAAUUUACCAACAGAUUACAAUGAAUUUAAAUCGCUCACUCAUCGAAUCUUUCCAAACAUCAUUGACACGAAAUUCAUCGCAUCAAGUGAAAAGUUCAAAGAUAUCUUUUCAUCGACUGUAUUGACUCAUCUUUACGAUCGAUUAAAACAACAACCAUUUGAAGAAAUGAAAUAUGAAUUCGAGGAUCCUUAUCGAAGUUAUUCGUUAGACAAUCCUAAAGAACAUGAAGCUGGCUAUGAUUCAUUUCUUACUGGUUAUUGUUUACUUGUGUUGCUUAAGUAUUUAAAAGUCUCAUUGAAUCAACAUUUCGAGCCAACAAAAUGCAAGGAACUCAUCCCCUACCUAAACCGUAUCGCACUUCAAAGAAUUCAAACUCCUUAUAUUUAUAUAACAGGAAACGAGCCAUCUUUUUCACGAUCUCAUGUCUUUUUUGUGAAAUUUCCAUCAACAUGGCGAACAAAUGAUCUGCAAGACCAGUUUAAAAAUUAUGGACCAGUUCAAAUUACAUGGGUUAAUGGAACCUCAGCAUUCAUUUCACUUUAUAAUCGAGAGAAUUCGAGUUGUGUGUUGAAAACAAUAUCACGAUCACCAGGAUUUGAAAUUCAAUCCUUUGAUGAAUUUCGAUCACUUGAAAAUCUUCGAAAAAUUGAUUUAAAUCGUAAACGAAAAAUUGAAGUGACAGCAGAUGAAAAAAUGGAUUCCGCAUCAACAGUAAUUGGAGGAAAAAAGAAACGCGAAGGGAAAAAAGCUUUUCCUGAAAAUGAUGUG